CAGAGAAACUCCUAACCAUUAUUAUUUUUUAAUCAACAACUCCCAAACACUAUCUGAGACAAGGAAAAUGGUAGCCACAGACCUCAUUGCUUACAUUUGACAGGCUGGGUCGCUAAUUUCAUCGACUACUUCAAUCGUCGUCGUUCCUUGCUCGCAAGCCUCAAAAUUUAACCUUUUUCUUCAAUAAAAGAUCAUUUUUGUAUAUGCAGCACUAAACAAUUAACAGGGAGAAUUGGUUGAGCUCCUUGUGUUCUAUGGCUUCUUCAAUACAGUCUGUUUCUACGGAUGAGCCGGUUGUUACUGUGGAUUGGCUUUAUGCUAACCUUAAGGACCCUAAUUUGAAGGUGCUGGAUGCAUCCUGGUACAUGCCAGAUGAGCAGAGGAACCCCAUUCAAGAAUAUCAGGCUGCUCACAUUCCUGGGGCCCUUUUAUUUGACAUAGACAGAAUAGCAGAUCAAACUACAGAUUUACCGCAUAUGUUGCCAUCAGAGGAAGCUUUUGCUGCUGCUGCAUCUGCUCUUAACAUAGAAAACAAAGACAGAGUGGUUGUUUAUGAUGGCAAAGGAAUAUUUAGUGCAGCUCGAGUCUGGUGGAUGUUCCAAGUGUUUGGGCAUGACAAAGUUUGGGUAUUAGAUGGUGGGCUGCCAAGAUGGCGUGCUUUAGGAUAUGACAUUGAAACUACUGCUCCUUGUGAUGCUAUAUUAAAAUCCAGUACUGCUACCCUGGCAGUAGAGAAAGUAUAUCAGGGACAGUCUGUUGGCCCAAUCACAUUUCAAACUAAAUUUCAGCCACAUCUUGUUUGGUCCCUGGAACAGGUCAAGAGAAACAUUGAGGAAAAAAGCUACCAGCACAUAGAUGCAAGAUCAAAGCCUAGGUUUGAUGGGGUGGCUCCAGAACCCCGAAAGGGGAUCCAAAGCGGUCAUGUACCCGGAAGCAAGUGCAUUCCUUUUUUCCAGCUGUUGGAUGCUUCACAGUCAUUGUUACCCGCAGAUGAAAUUAAGAAGCGACUUGAUGAAGAAGGCAUCUCAUUGGACGGCCCCAUCAUGACUUCAUGCGGCACUGGCGUAACUGCUUGCAUUCUUGUGGCCUCCAUCGUCUUGGGAAAUCUGACAUUGCAGUCUAUGAUGGAUCUUGGACUGAAUGGGCAUUACAAUCUGACACAGUCAAAGAAACUUCAUGAUUGCAAUAUCACAAUUCAAAUACAUGAAAAAAGAGGGGAAAAUAAGAUGAACAACAACAGCAAGAGAAACAUGGGACAGAUGAAACAGAAAGAGGUAGGUCCUAUAGUCACUGUUCUUUCUUAAUGCCUGUCGGAAUGAAUUGAUUAAGAUCGUUAAGGAUAGAAGGUGUUGAUUGAAUGUCUUUAUGAUUUUUCAAGGCCAUGAUGAACUCUUUUGGAACAAAGCACUUCUCUUCCAUGUACAUCUUCUCUUCUACUACUGUAGAGCCAAUCAGCUUCCGCA